AAUUACUCCGAUCAAAACCAGACAGUCCGAAACCAUCGUUAAUUUCAACGCGAAACCCGGAAUAUGCUGGAAAAGAUUUCUUUCGUGUUGGUCGCGUCGAAGUCUAAUACUAAUACAGAGCCACCUUUGCCUUGCGUUUCCCUCUCCCAUCAGCGGUCGAUCACUCGUCAACUCGCAGCGUGGUCGUUGUAGAAGAAGACCCCCCCAAGGCGUAGAGCCCCGCUAUGGAUACAAAUGACUGGAGGGCUGAAUUCCUGCCUCAUACUCGCCAAAUAAAAGUCAAUGAAAUAAUGGGGAAAUUAAUGAUACAUCAGUCUCAUGGUGAUGACGAUGAAUUAGUUGAAGUUCAAAAAAUUGCUCAAAGUAUUGAGCAUAAGACUUAUGCUGGUGCAGCAAGCCAGGAGGAUUAUUUACAGGAAAUAUCUUCAAUGAUGUUGUUUAUUGGCUAUUAUUGGAGGACUCAAGCGCUACCUGAAAGUCGCAGAAGAAGUGUCAAUGAAAUAACGGAAGUAUUAAGAAGACAUCUUCCUGUCUCUAGCCAAGAGGGAUUAGCUGAACUUCAUAAAAUUGCCGUAAGAUUUGAGGAGAAGGUUUAUAAUUCAGCAACAAGCGAGACUGAUUAUUUUCGGAAAAUCCAUGAAGAUGCUGACAAUGGAAACUAAGAGCCAGAACCGCAUAGCAAACUCGUUGCCAUCAAACUUUGGUGACAAUCGGAAUGGACCUUCGGACACAGGGUCUAUUAGGCAGGCUCUGCCAGAAGGGAAGGUGGAACAACCAGAUGGGGAGAGAAAUGCUGCACCAAGACAAUCUGUGAGAAAAAGGAAGCAACCACAGCGGCUAGCUGAAUUUGUCACCUAUUGAUAGCUCUAUUCUCACAUGCUAAUUUCCUCAGGCCAUUGCAAAUGAUG